CGCUGCCCCCUCCUGCCUCCCUCGAGAAAUCUGUGACUCACUGUAAGGUCCCGUCAUCCAAGCCAAGCUAGGGAAGAGGGAGGAGCCCGACUGGGGCAGGAGGGGGGCGUCCCCCCCACCGCAAACAUACGCCACCUCCUCCGCGGCUCCCUGCUCGCCUUGCUCUGCCGCAAGAGAGGAGCCAGGAACCUCCCACGCUCACCAGCCCGCCCACUGGGGGCAGCCGGACCCUGGCGGGUGGGUUAAGCCUCUGAGGUGAAUCGAGAAAGGCGUUCCUGCUGCCUGUCUCCACACAGGACCUGCCAUCAGUACCGGGUACCAGAUCAAGGGCGUGACAGCGGGAAGGAGGAGGGAUGCGGCGCUGACUUCUCAGGGUGACCUUGGGGAGGAAGAUGGCCUCCCAAGUGCUGCAGCAGACGGUGCUGUUCUCGCUAGGUCUGCUCUUCCUGGUUCAAGGUACCCGUGGUGGGGGCCCCCGUGAAGACUUCCGUUUCUGUGGCCAGAGGAACCAGACACAGAAGAGCAGCCUCCAUUAUAAGCAGACGUCAGAGCUGCACAUCUCCAUCAAGAACUCAGAGGGAGCCCUCACAAUCCACGCUCCCUUCCCGGCGGUGCUCCCGGCCUCCCAGCUCUUCCCUGAGCCCAGGGGCCUCUACCACUUCUGCCUAUACUGGAACCACCACGCGGGGACUCUGCAACUCCACUAUGGCAAGAGCAACUUCUUGCUGAGUAACCAAGCCUCUGGACUCCUGUGCUUCCGGCACAACAAGGAGAGCCUGGGUCCAGGCCCCCCACUGCUUGCCACCUCUGUCACCUCCUGGUGGAGCCCCCGGAACACCAGUCUGCCCAGUGCUGCCGGCUUCACCUUCUCCUUCCACAAUCCUCCCCAGAAGGCUUCCCACAAUGCCUCGGUGGACAUGUGCGAGCUGAAAAAGGACCUCGAGCAGCUCAGCCAGCUUCUGAGGCACCCUGGAAAGAUCUCGAGGAGGCCCUCGUCCACCCCCGCCAGCCAGAGGCUGCAGAGCCUGGAGUCAAAGCUGACCUCUGUGAAGUUCCCCGGGGACACGCUGUCCUUCGAGGAGGAUCUGGUCAACGCCACAGUAUGGAAGCUGCACCCCACCGCCAGCCUCGAGGGCCUGCACAUCCACUCCAGGCGCGAGGAGGGACAGAGCGAGAUCCAAGAGUACUCCGUGCUACUGCCCGGCACGCUCUUCCAGAAGACCAAAGGCCGGAGAGGGGAGGCCGAAAAGAGACUCCUCCUGGUGGACUUCAGCAGUCAAGCUCUGUUCCAGGACAAGAAUUCCAGUCAAGUGUUGGGUGAGAAGGUCUUGGGUAUUGUUGUGCAGAACACCAAAGUAGCCAACCUCUCCGAGCCCGUGGUGCUCACCUUCCAGCACCAGCCACAGCCGAAAAACGUGACUCUCCAGUGCGUAUUCUGGGUGGAAGACCCAACGUUGAGCAGCCUGGGGAGCUGGAGUGAUGCUGGGUGUGAGACCAACCGGAGAGAGACGCAGACAUCCUGCCACUGCAACCACCUGACGUACUUUGCGGUGCUGAUGGUUGCCUCUGUGGAGGUAGAUGCCGUACACAAACACUACCUGACCCUCGUCUCCUACGUGGGCUGCGUCAUCUCCGCUCUGGCCUGUGUCCUCACCAUUGCUGCCUACCUCUGCUCCAGGAGGAAGCCUCGAGAUUACACCAUCAAAGUGCACAUGAACCUGCUGUUGGCCGUCUUCCUGCUGGACGUGAGCUUCCUGCUGAGCGAGCCAGUGGCCCUGACGGGCUCCGAGGCUGGCUGCCGUGCUAGUGCCAUCUUCCUGCAUUUCUCUCUGCUCGCCUGCCUCUGCUGGAUGGGUCUCGAGGGCUAUAACCUCUACCGACUGGUGGUCGAGGUCUUUGGCACCUAUGUCCCUGGCUACCUGCUCAAGCUGAGCAUCACGGGCUGGGGCUUCCCUGUCUUCUUGGUGAUGUUGGUGGCUCUUGUGGAUGUGAAUAACUACGGCCCCAUCAUCCUGGCUGUCCAGAGGACCCCGGAGAGUGUCAUCUACCCUUCCAUGUGCUGGAUCCGGGACUCGCUGGUCAACCAUGUCACCAACCUGGGCCUCUUCAGCCUGGUGUUCCUGUUCAACACGGCCAUGCUGGGCACCAUGGUGGUGCAGAUCCUGCGGCUGCGCCCGCAUGCCCAGAAGUGGCCCCACGUGCUGACGCUGCUGGGUCUCAGCCUGGUCCUCGGUCUGCCCUGGGCCUUGGUCUUCUUCUCCUUCGCUUCCGGCACCUUCCAGCUUGUUGUCCUCUACUUCUUCAGCAUCGUCACCUCCUUCCAAGGUUUCUUCAUCUUCCUCUGGUACUGGGCCAUGCGGCUGCAGGCCCGGGGCGGGCCCUCCCAGCUGAAGAACAGCUCAGACAGCGCCAGGCUCCCCAUCAGCUCGGGCAGCACCUCGUCCAGCCGCAUCUAGGCCACCGCCACCCGCUGGGAGCUGCGUGAGGAAACAGAGAUGCGGCCUCGCCUCACCCCUGCCUGCCACCCCCACAGCCAGGCCUGACACCUGGGGCAGCCAGAGACUCCGCGCGAGAAGGCCCAAGCUCCUCCCGGGGGAGGGGGCUUUUGCCCUCAGCAGCCAGACUCCCAGGCGGGCCUUCCGGAUUGGCCUGUGGACUGCUUGGUGCCCCAGUCCAGCUCACAGGGGCUCAGGAGAGGGACCGUAACCUUGCUGUCCUCACUGGGGGCUGCAGGCCCAGCUGAACUCACCGCCACUGGGCCCAGCCCUCAUGGCUGCCGGAGGAAGCCCCCGGGCCCCAAGGCCGAGUCCUGGUCCUGUGAGGCCUGGCAGCAUCCUGGGCCCCGGGCCCUAGCCGCUCUGUCUCUGGCGAUCUCUACAAGGACACCCUGUGCUCCUGUCAUUUUAGCCUGAGAGCGGUACUCAGGGCACAUGGGGUUGGGGCAGAGCUUUGAGCCAGAUCUCUAGAGGAGGGGAGCCCCUCCUGGAGCAUAGCAGAAGCUCCUCUACCUCUGAGCCCAGGGCCUUCCGUCAGCCUCCCCAGCCCUCGCUCUCCAGCCCCCUACUCAGUCCUGGGCAGGGUCCCAAUUCCAGGGCUGGAUUUUGGGUUGUGGCUCCCAAGAGCAGCUGGGUGCCUGCCAGUAACCUUUCUUUACUGGACGGGCCUUUUCCCGCCCUUGACUCAGGCUUAGUGUAGACAUUCUGGGCUGGGCUAGGUCUCUCUGUCCCUCUGGGCCUUUCUAUAAGCUGCAUUGCCCUUGGUCACACCACUGCCAAGCCCACCCCUCAAACGGACCCCCGGCUUCUCUCAAAGCCCUCUUGUGGCAAGAACUGUGGAGCGUAGCAGUGUAAAUUUGUCUCUGCCCCAGUACUGGGAAGAAGGAGGCGUGCAUCCCCUGGUGGCCCUGGCGGAGAGCCCAACGAGCUCUUAAAAGGUUGGAACUACGAGGGGAGCCACCAUUCCUUGCUGGGGAUCCAGGAAGACUUCCUGUAGGAGGCGACAUUUGAUCUGGAUCUCAGCCUUAAGGAUGGGGGAGGACUUUCUUUUUAAGCACUAUCUCAUUUGUCUUUUGAAUUGAAAGAAGUAGAUGUUCAUUGUAGAGGAUUUGGAAACUGUAGAAGAGCACACAGAAAAAGAAAUAAAAAUCAACUUGGUGUUAUCACCUAAUAAACAAGUGUAAACAUUUGGA